CAAAUGGGGAUGUAGCUCAGAUGGUAGAGCGCUCGCUUAGCAUGCGAGAGGUACGGGGAUCGAUACCCCGCAUCUCCAUUUUUUUCAAUAUUUUUUUUUCCAUCUAUUCUUGGGCCGGGCUUCUAAACUAGCCCACAAUAAAUAUUUAACCCAGCCCAGCCCCGCAAACCGAAUCUCAAACCCAACCCCAAAACGUUUCAAUACUGUGGCUGCAAAUUCAUUUCACAGUUCCCAAAUUCUCCCGAGUCGCCGCUCGGUGGCCGGCGCAGUAAAUUAAGACGAACGCCGGAACAUAGAAGAAGCAGACGAACGGCUCCACGGUGGCUCCGGCUUCCGCCUCCUGCCGUUUUCUUACUGCAGUGUGCUUCUUAUCGCAAGGAAAGGCAGCAGCGUGCUCCAUCCCUCAUUCCUUCUUGCCUUUCUGCAUUGCUUUAUCCAACCCCAAAAAGUGGCAGACUUAAGAGCGAGGUGUUUUCCAACGUUUAUUUCCAACAAAUUUCACAUCUUUUCAAUCUUUCACUUCUCCGGAAUAUGCAUAUUACUCACAGUCCCCGGCUGCAUUCGCUCUCAAAUCACACUCCCUUCCCUCUCUGUUCAUUGAAGUCACCUCACGGUACCAUUUCCUUCUCCCCCCGAAUUGCAAAAUUCCUUGUGCCCAGAGUCAACUCCAAAUCCGGGUUCUUCAAAAGAAUAUCCAGAUCAGAAUCUGUUCCGGGAAGAAGAGAGAGCAGUGGGUUAGUGGAAUUACAGUGUUGUGGGGCACCUAACGGCGGGGAAGAAGUCGGAGAUGAUGCAAUUUACAUUAGGAGGUGUGUGGAGAUAGCUAGGAAGGCAAUUGGGUGCACGACCCCUAAUCCGAUGGUGGGUUGUCUGAUCGUCAAGGAUGGCCAAAUCGUUGGAGAAGGGUUCCACCCUAAAGCUGGUCAGCCACACGCUGAGGUUUCUGAAUUUUCUUCCCCCCCACCAUUUUCUACUUUCUGGUUGGAGUUUGGAAUUUGGUCUGUGACUUUUGGUUACUUGCUUCUGAGUGUGUGUAUAGGUAUUUGCUCUAAGAGAUGCUGGGGGAUUGGCUGAGAAUGGGACGGCUUAUGUGAGUUUGGAGCCCUGUAAAGUGUAAUCAUUAUGGAAGAACUCCACCUUGCACUGAAGAAGGUGGUUGUUGGGAUGGUGGAUCCCAACCCGAUUGUGGCUUCGAAAGGGGUGGAUAAAUUGAGAGGGGCAGGAAUAGAUGUGACGGUUGGUGUGGAACAGGAACUGUGCAAGAGGCUCAACGAGGCCUACAUCCAUAAGAUGCUCACAGGGAACCCUUUUCUCACAAUUAGGUAAAUUUGUAUGCUUUAGUUAGAGUUCUUGGGAUGUUCAUAUUAUUGCAGAUCAUAGACUAACCCGACAAAGCGUUCUCUUGAACUACAGAUACUCCAUAUCUCUGAAUGGGUAACAUUUUGGACCAACUUGGUGAAGGAGCUACAGAACGUGGAGGAUCCUACUCCCGGUUGCUACAGGAAUACGAUGCCAUUGUUCUUUCUGCUUCUGCAGCCACCAAUGAGCUACCCCUUUCUAUUUCUCAAGAACCGGGUGCUAAUCAACCCCUUUGGAUAAUCACUGCAAGCACCUCGGAUCCAAUUCGUGUUCCUUUAGUGGGUGUCGGGCAAUCAGAUUCUAAAGUGAUAAUCUUUGUAGACAAGAAAUCCAGCGUUGAAACUAGCCAGAGAGGAAACGAAACUGUGGUAUUGGAUCGCAUAAAUCUGAAUGCUAUAUUGGAGUACUGUAAGCAGCAGGGUCUGUGCAGUCUUCUGCUGGAUUUGAGGGGAACUCCUGCUGGGCUAGAGAAGCUUGUCAAGGAAGGUAUGGAGUACAAGAUGUUGCAGAAGAUUGUAGUUGAAGUAUUGCCUGUGUGGGAAGGUGAAGGUGAUGCAGCUGCUCUAGCUGCAUUGAAGACCAUGGGGAGACACGUAGACCUGAAGAAUGUACAGACCAGUAGCUCAGACGGAAGUAUUGUACUUGAGGGUUACUUUUAGUGCAAGUUAUCAAUUUCUAUUGAAUAGGAGUAGUAGA